UUCCCUUCUUCUCUUUCCAUGGUUCAUUUUACAGAGCAUAAAUCCCUGCAUAUUUUAUAUAAACUAAACCAUUCAGUAUUCCAUUAUUACUUCCAUCAAAACUUAUUUACACUGUUGAAUUUAUCUUAAUGCUGCCAAUGUUUUCAAGUAUACACAAUUUCCCCCCAUAUAUUCAAUAAACAUUUUCCAAUCUUCCUUAAACGAAUGUUCUUCUCUUAUUCUAUAAGUUAGAUCCACAAGCUGCGCAUAUUCCAUCAGCUUAAGUUGCCAUUCUUCUUUGGCUGGGACCUUGUUCGUUUUCCAUUUUUGGGCUAACAAAACAUAAGCUGCCGUCGUGGCAAAGACAAUUCCCAAUAGCUGCCAGCCAGAUGCCUCUGAGAAGCUCUCAUGGAGGGCAUGGGAAUGAUUGCCAGCAUAUGGCAACACAUGUCCAGUCCUUCCGCAAAUUAAGCAACCAUAGCUCAACUUGGCCAGCUCUAUUGGAGGGGUGCUUCUUGUUGCCUGCAAGUUCCCCAAGAGGCCCCAGCUCAGGUGCAAUCACAACUACAGAUCUGACAAAAGGCAACUCCCAGCUAUGGGUACCACCAACGCACAGCAUGGGUUACACCCUUGGAGGGAUGGGGGCGAAGAAAGAGGAACAGAGAGAGUGGAAACAGGUCAGGCAGCAUUCAUGUCAUGCUCAGCUGGAGGUGGUGUAAUGGCUGGCUGCAGCCUUGCAUCUCCUUUCAGGAGCCUGAGCAAUCAGACUUAACACUCCCAGUUUUAAAUUUAACCCAGUAGGCUACAUUAGUCAGCUCUUAUUCUUAGCAGCUGAAUCGGAGGGAAAGGGGAUGGGAAGUGUUUGGCUUGAAGGGAAAGAUAUGAGGAAGUAAACAAACACUCAGAAGUUCAGAUCCAAACAUGGCAAGGAGGCCAAACAGAUAACAAGGUACCUUCUUUCAAUAUAACCUCUUGAGCACGUGAACAGAAACGGAAUUCAAGCAAGCAAAGGCUUCCAGAUCAAUAAGGUUAAAUGAUGAAAGAAAGAAAGAAAGAAAGAAAGAAAGAAAGAAAGAAAGAAAGAAAGAAAGAAAGAAAGAUUUUUUCUGUGUCACUCCAAAGGACAGGACUAAAACAGAUCACUGGAAAGUAAAUAGAGAGCAGAUUUCGGCUAAGUAUUAAAGAAACUCCCCAAUGGUUCAACUCUGGGAUCUCUCUCAGUGAAAGUAUUUAAUUCAUCUGUCAUGGAUCUUGCCGUUGCUGAUGCUGCACUGAGCACUGGGUUAAGCUAGAUUGGUUGGCCACUGUGAGAACAGGAUGCUGGACUAGGUGAACCUUUGGCCUGAUCCAGCAGGCUAUUAUUAUGUUCUGGAUGACCUCUAAAGCACCUUCCAGCACUAUGGUUAUAUGAAAGAGGAAAAAACCUUGCCAGGUCUCUCUGUAUGAUGUUUCUAACAGCAGCCACCUGAAGAUCUCUGGAAGAUGACAAGCAGGGCAUUAAGGCAGUAGGUAUGUCGUGUUUGCCUCCACCAUCUGGUAACAUGGAUGCUCUGUGUUCAGAUAUCCUGGCUAUUAGCAGUGGGCAUCUCUUCCACGGAUCUAUCUCACCCUUAAAAAUAACAGAAGCCACACAAUGUGGUUGCUGACACCACCACAUCUUGUGGCAGUGAGUUUUCUAAGCACUGGUCGCACUGAGUGGAAUGGUACUUCCUUUUUGCCUGUGCAGAUUCUGCCACAAAUCGACUUUCUUGGGCAACUCUUUGAGCAUCAGUUUUACAUCAUGGGGACCAAGACGUCUCAUUCAGUAACCUUUCUGUUUCAACACAGCCAGAGUGGAGAGGAAGGACACAGCCAGGCUGCAAUGGAAAUCGGAAGAUUCCAAGCGACAGAGAUACAACAGUGCCUUGUUUCUCUCUGUGUGAGACAAAGAUAGUAACUGUGUGAGUGGCGCUGGCAUCUGAAGUAGGGGAGAAUGCCAGAUUGGCCUGACCAGGCUUUUUUUAAAAUAUAAAAAAUAUAUAAUAAGAAGGGAGGGGGCGCGAGGAGAUUUCAUGCUGACCUGCUAGAAUUUAGCUGUGUUCUUUUUCCUUGGCAAUGUGGGUGCUGAGUGGGGUGUACAAAUCUCCAGCUAAUCUGCCAGCCAGCGCUGAAUGGUGCAGAUGGGAGAACAGGGAUAAUGAAAUGCCUGACAUCACCGUUCCAGAGAAUUCAGCCUGGGCACAGCCUGGCACCAGGGAGCAUAUAAAGCCCUGGCUCUUGGCUUGCUGGAGUGCACUGCUGCCCACUGUCUCCUCCGGGACCAACUCAGAUGGAUAUCACCGUUCACCACCCCUUCUUCCGCAGACCCCUGCUAUCAAGCUUGUUGCCCAACCGCAUCUUCAACCAGACUUUUGGGGAGCACCUUGUGGAAUCUGAACUGUUCCCCAGUUCCUCAGCUUUCAGUUCUUUCUUUUUGAGACCCUCCAUCCUAAGGAACCCCAGCUGGCUUGAGAGCCGACUCUCAGAGGUAAAAAUAUUUUCUCUUGCUAAACUUCCCCCAGCUCCCAUGCAGUCCUUGAACCAGGUGGAGGGACACCUGUCCCCUUUGCAGUUCGUGCCCUUCAUCAGUUAAUUUAUUUAACGGCAUAUUUACUAUGAGCUUAAAAUACAAAUCAAGAGACAUUAGCAUUAAAACAGGGGACGUAAAAAUCCUUGACAAAGGGAACAUAAAGACUCGCCAAGAAUGAAGGCGAAGAAAAUCAAUAUCUGCCCCUUAACGCACCCCGCCACGAAAACCUGUUGUUUUCUCCAGUGACGCUAAGAAUACCUUUGAAACUGGAAUGAGUCAUCUGUGAAGAUUAUUCACACAGGAAAGCCCACAGAAAACAGCCAGAUUUAGAUCUAAAAGUAGACUUCAUUUGAAUGAUAAACUCUGGAAACAGAAACUUCAGGGUUAAGGACUGCUUGCAGGGGGGAGGCGGAAAGACAAAAGGGAGUUCUUCUGCGUAGGCCAUAAUCAAAGCUGUGUAUCCAUUUCCAUGGGACGCACACAAGAGAAGUUCCUGAUGGAUUUGUGCAAUACAGAGUCAAAAAAGGGAGCGAAGUUCUGUAGCCUGGGAGGCUGCUGCGGAGAAUGCACUCACACUGUGAACAUGGUAGUCAACAAGGGCAAGACGUCUGUGAAGGACUAGGAAUUGUAAUGGGGAAUGUUAAAAGAAGCUUCCUAAGGGGCAAGAAGUGAUCAAAAGUGGAACAAACAGCCUCGGGAGGUGGUGGGCAUCCUCCACUUAAGCAGAAGCUGGACGUCCACCUGUCAAGAGAUCCUGUAGCUACAGCUUGAUCUUGCACUGAGCACUGGGUUGAACCAGAUGACCUCCAAGGUCCUUCCCAACUCUGUGUGACUUUGAGGUUUAGGCCCUGUUGGAUUAGCCAUCCUGUAUUUUAUGGCCGACAGUUAGCAUUGUUAUUGUCUUACUGCAGUUGUUAAUCAUUCCACGCAUGGAAUUUCUUUCAUUAUUAUUUUUUCAUUAGGAUGUAACUGUACCAUGCAAUAUGCAUUUUCACAUUACUAUUACACCCUAAAUUUGCUAGAUGCUGUACAAAAAUUAAAAACCAGCAACACAGGCUCUUACAACCUAAAGGACAAGACACAAUGGGGAAGUAGGUGAGGGAGAAUAAAAGCCAAGAAGGGUAAAUUGUGGUAAGUUGAACAGAUCUGUUUUCAAAGAACCUGGAUCUGAAAACAGGAAGAGAAUUGGCUGCCAGGUGGGGGGGACUUUCCAGUGGUAGCGAGUUGCAAGGGAAAAGGAGACGCCGUGGGGAACAGUUCUGGUAGCUACACUGGUGGAUCCCUUCUGCCUGUUUUGUAUUGUAGAGUUUCCAUGCCAGCACAGCUCAUUUCUAGCAUUAUGGCUUUGAGAAUCCAUCACAUCAAAGCCAUAAUUUUCUCUGUAUUAAGAACACAAGAACCUGGUUGGAUAGGACCAUCUAUGCCCGGCAACCUGUUUCUCACAGCGGCCAAUCAGAUGCCUCUGCAAGGCCCACAAGCAGGGCCUGAAGGCGAUAAGAAUCCCUCAUUGAUGCUACCUAAGCAACUGGCAUUCAGUGAUACACUGAAGAGGUUCUAUAUAGCCCACAUGACUAGUAUUUUUAUUAUAUUUAUAUCCCACCUUUGCUCUGAAAAGCUCAAGCUGCCUCCCUCCGGUCCUCAAAACAACCCUGCGCAGUAGGUUAGGCUGAGACGCAGUGAUCGGCCCAGUGAGGAUUUGAACACUAGUUGACAUGAACUCUCCUCCUCCAUAGUCUUGUCUAAUCCCUUGUAAAGCAAGCAAAUAUUCUGGCCAUCACUCCAUCCCAUGGGGGUGAAUUUCAUAAGUUAAUUAUGCAAUGUGUGGGAAAAUCCUUUCUUUUGUCUGUCCUGAGUCUACUGCCAAUCAGUGUUAUAAAGGGGAACAAACCCUCAUUUUUAUGUAUGUAUUUAUCGUGUUUUUAAUAUUCUAUUGGGAGCCACCCAGAGAGGCUGGGGAAGCCCAGCCAGAUGGGCAGGGUAUAAAUAAAUUAUUAUUAUUAUUAUUAUUAUUAUUAUUAUUAACAUGCAUGACCUCUAUCUCACUGCCCCACUCCCAGUCAGCUGUGGAGAUGGGCAGCAGCCCCACCUACCCCAUGAAAUUAGACUUUGAACAAAAAAACCUCAUUCACAUCAAUGGGAACUUUUUUUCCUAAGCACAAUUGCCAUGUGAGGAAGGCUUAUAGAAAAGAUUUCACUCAACAGCCAACUCUCUUCCUGUUUCUAUGUGGUGGGUGUGUUUGAAGGGUAGAGACAGAAAGAGGGAAGAAUGGGAACGUGUCUCACUGCCAGUACUGGUUCCAAGAGAUUUCCUUUGGAGGACUGCAGCCCUCAACAUGAAGAAAUGUUGCCUGACCUUAACCCACAUGCUACCAUGAAAGUAGCAUACAGAACAGUCUUGCACUUUGGGGAUGUGGAAUAGCAAAUGAUCUACCACACUGAUCAUGUCUAAUUAUCUGCUCCACAUACAGCGCCUAACAAUUAGUAAAUAUUAAAUAUUAUAACUGCCCUAACUAGACUCUUUUGUUAGCAGAUGCGACUGGAUAAGGACAAGUUCUCUGUAAACCUCGAUGUGAAGCAUUUCUCACCUGAGGAGCUAAAAGUCAAGGUUUUGGGAGACGUGAUUGAAGUUCACGGAAAACAUGAGGAGCGCCAGGUUGGUCUGGUCUUGGCAUGAGCGCAGCUGGCAGGGCGAUGGGAGGCAGGGUGGAAGGAAGGAGAAAUUGACCCAAGGAAGGAGACGUUAACAAUGCCAUGUUACCUGCCACAUAGAAGAGUCUCAGAGAGACAGCCUUGGGCAAAGGAAAUAGAAAUGGUCCCUCAUUCAUUUAUUCAUUUGGUUUUAAAUCUGAGAAAGCCAAAGCUGGACCACAGCAAAGGACCAUUGGCCCAGCUCACUUAGUACUGGCCACUCUGAUUGGUAGCAGCUUUCCCAGGUCUCUGGCAGUGGUCUUUACAAGCCCUGAUACCCCUAAACUGGGGUACCCCAGGGGACUGAACUUUCUGAAUGGGAAGAGUGCUUCUUAACAAUGAACUAUGAGCUCCCCUUAUAGUAAACCAUUUGCAACCAGACAUAUAUGGUUAUGUUCUUCUCCCCCUCGCCCCCUUCUCUUUUGAAAAGGAUGAACACGGCUUCAUUGCCAGGGAGUUCAACAGGAAGUACAGGAUCCCAGCUGAUGUGGAUCCCCUCUCCAUCACCUCCUCCCUCUCUUCGGAUGGUGUCCUGACAGUGAAUGGACCAAGAAAAGCCAUGGAAGUCCCAGAGCGCACCAUCCCCAUUGCCAGGGAGGAGAAAUCUGCCGUACCAGCAGCGCAAAGGAAGUAGACAUGCCCUUUGAGACCUACUCUUUUAUACCCAAGAAAGCCUUUCCAUUGGAUGCAAACAGCAGGCGGUGUCACUGGCUGGCUGUUCUUAUUUAUUUGUGCUAAGCAAAUGAGCUUGUUCACUAACAAAUAAACCGAUGAGUAAGCAUC